CACCCCAGCCUACCCUGUUAACAAAAAAACAAGAACACCCCAUGGCUCCUUAUGUAGAAGUAGUGUACAAUCUCAUUGAGCAGACACCUCUACAACUACAAGCACUACUGCUACUAUCGUUCAUCAUACUACUACUUCAUCUGGCCACAACCAGCAAGCAGCAAGCAAAGGCGAAGCUCCUCCCUCCCUCGCCUCUGGCCCUUCCUGUCAUAGGGCACCUGCACCUCGUCGGCGAUCUCCCUCACGUCUCCCUCCGCAGCCUCUCCAAGACUCACGGCCCCGACGGCCUCUUGCUCCUCCACCUCGGCUCCGUCCCGAACCUCGUCGUGUCGUCCCCAUGGGCCACCCAGGCGGUCCUGCGGACGAACGACCACCUGUUCGCGUCCCGGCCGCCGUCCAGGAUCGCCGACAACCUCCUGUACGGCCGGUCGUCCGACAUCGCCUUCUCCCCCUACGGCGAGCACUGGAGGCAGGCGAGGAAGCUCGUCACCACGCACCUCUUCACGGUCAAGAAGGUCCAGUCGCUCCGCGACGCCCGUCAACAAGAGGUCAAAGUGGUGAUCUCUAGGAUCCGUGAGGCCGCGGCGGCGAGCGUGGCCGUCGACCUGAGCGAGGUGGUUAACACUUACGCCAACGACGUGGUGUGCCGCGCUGUGUCGGGUAAGUUCUUCAGGGCAGAAGGCAGGAAUAAAAUGUUCAGAGAGCUGAUCGAGUCAAACUCGGCUCUCGUCGGAGGGUUUAACAUGGAGGACUACUUCCCAAGGUUGGCGAAGGUACGUCUUCUCAAUAGGUUCGUCCGCAACAACGUUGAGACGAUGCACAGGAGGUGGGACGAACUGCUAGAAACGAUAAUAAGAGAACACGAGAAGAACGUGGUCGACGAGCAAGGAGAGAGUGACUUCAUCGACGUGCUGCUAUCGGUUCAGCAAGAGUUCCAUGGCAUCACCAGAGAUCAUAUCAAGGCCAUCUUAAUGGACCUAUUCGGAGCGGGCACGGACUCAACGUCUCUCGUCCUAGAAUACGCCAUGGCCGAACUCAUCCGCAGACCUGAUCUCAUGGCCAAGCUGCAGGCUGAGGUGCGACACGGCACUCCCAACGGACAAGAAUUUGUCAAGGAACAUGACCUGGCCGGCAUGACGUAUCUGAAGGCCGUGGUGAAGGAGACGCUCAGGCUGCAUCCGCCGGCGCCGCUCCUUGCCCCACACCUGGCGAUGGCGGAGUGCGACCUCGAUGGCUACAUCAUACCUUGUGAGACACGAGUCAUCAUCAACGCAUGGGCCAUUGGCAGAGACCCCGGGUACUGGGAUAAGCCGGACGACUUCGUGCCAGAGAGGUUUCUCGAGGGUGGCACCGCAGCAACGGUGGACUUGACGGGCAACGACUUUCAGUUCGUGCCGUUCGGGGCUGGCCGGAGAAUAUGCCCCGGUCUCAACUUCGGGCUGGCUACUGUCGAGAUCAUGCUGGCGAACCUCGCAUACUGCUUCGACUGGGAGCUGCAGAUCGGCGUGGAGAGGGGCGACGAUGUCGAUAUGACGGAGGUGUUUGGGCUGAGUGUACGAAGGAAAGACAAGCUCAUGCUUGUCCCAACACCGUACCCACGGCCCACCGUGGUUAACUGAUCGAUACAUAGUGUGUUGAAACGUGUUCAUAUGUGUGCGUGUCUGUUUUUAAACAAGGCAAAACAAUUUCUAUUUUUAUUAAUUAAGGAGAGAGGUUUUUUUUUC